ACGUCACACAACAGCAGCAGGCUCACUGUAGUCACAUGUGGCCUCGGAGGUCCCGGACGACGAGUGGUGGUGCUAGCGAAUUGGCCCUUCCGAGUGGAGCUGGCUUCACAGAAAAUAAACGACACAUUGAUUAAAAUAUCACAUAUAGCUUAGCCUUCUAAUCAGCCCCUCUGGUCAACCAUGCCCCCAAAGAAACCCGCCCCGGCGGGCGCGAAUAAAAAGACCCAAGAGAAGAAAAAGGAAAAGAUAAUCGAGGACAAGACAUUUGGUUUAAAGAACAAGAAGGGUGCAAAACAGCAGAAGUUCAUCAAGACUGUCGUACAUCAGGUCAAAUCUGGACCGACAGGUCUCAAGCCUGAAGGAGAAAAGGGCAGUAAGAAGGCAGAUAAGAAAAAAGAGCUUGAUGAACUGAACGAGCUCUUCAAACCAGUGGUCGCUCAACAGAAAGUCGCAAAAGGUGUGGACCCCAAGUCGGUGCUCUGUGCGUUCUUCAAGCAGGGCCAGUGCACCAAGGGGGAUAAAUGUAAGUUCAGCCACGACCUCACGCUGGAGAGGAAGUGUGAGAAGAGGAGUCUCUACGUCGACGAGAGGGACGAUGACCUCGAGAAAGACACCAUGGACAAAUGGGACGAGACCAAACUGGAGGAGGUGGUCAACAAAAAGCACGGGGAGGCUGAGAAGAAGAACUCUGCCAAGACACAGAUCGUUUGCAAGCACUUCCUGGACGCCAUAGAAGGCAACAAGUAUGGCUGGUUCUGGUCGUGUCCAGGGGGGGAGAGCUGUAUAUACCGACACGCUCUGCCGGCUGGCUUUGUGCUGAAGAAGGACAAGAAGAAGGACGAGGAGGAGGAGGAGAAGAUCUCGCUGGAAGAGCUGAUUGAGAACGAGCGUGCAGCACUGGGUCCUAAUGUCACCCGUAUCACCUUGGACACGUUCCUGGCCUGGAAGAAAAGGAAGAGGCAGGAUAAGGUGGAGAGAGACAUGGAGGACAUGGAGAAGAAGAGGGCUGACUUUAAGGCCGGGAGGUCGCUAGGGGUGAGCGGACGUGAAGUGUUUGAAUUCCGCCCCGAGCUGGUUGAUGACGAUGAUGAGGAAGCAGACGAUACCCGAUACGCCAACGACAGUGAGGAUGAAGAGGACGAUGACAAUGAGGAAGAGGGACAGGUGGAUGCUACAGAAUUCAAGGACAUAGACCUAUCCCGCUUCGUUCCGACUGAGGUGGAUAACUGUAUUGGAAUCACCGUGGCAACCAUGGACCGCUUCACAACCAGGCAUAAGACUAAACCUGCGGCCACUGACGACGAGGCCCACCUGAACGGCGCGUGUGGAGGAGCAGAGGUCAAUGGGCUGGCUGAAGGCGACGAUGAGGACGAGUGCGACGAGGAAGAGGAGGUGCCCGUGGACGAGAACCUGUUCACAGGGGAAGACCUGGAAGAUCUGGACGAGGAGCUGAACACAUUGGAGCUCGAAGACUAACGGGGAUGGGGAAGGGAAACAGGACAGGUGUGGACAGAUGUUUGGGGGUCGGCUCAUGGGAAGAAGAGAUGGAUGCAUGGUGGAGGAGGAGGGAGAAGUUCCAAUCGCAUGGGACUGACUGACGGGGACAGGUGCACAACGACCACAUUGUAUCACUAGACGGACUGACUUAAUUGAGGAUAACAAUUGGACUGACCGGGUACAAACAGGAAGUUAGUAGGGAGUGCCACCACAUGCACUUGACAAUGUUCCAGUAAUUUUAAAUUCAGAGACUCCAAUAAAGCCUGAUUGUAUGAUGACAUCCCGUCUCGGCCCUGUCUUUGUUUCCCAGCAGCUGGUCUCCUGACCCAUGUCUCCCAAACCAUUAAACAACUUGGCUUUAUUGCAAAAGUUGGACUGAUUGGGGUGUACAAAGGCCAGCCAGAUUAUCAAAUAAUCGCUCUUGACUGUAGCUUUUAUUGAUUUUAAUUGGACAAUUGAAGGUGACUUGAGUUAUGUAGUGGAUGUGCUUUACUACUUGUUAACAAGCCACUCCCAGGAUGUAAUGAAUAUUGACAAACUUGGUUUGAAUUCUAUUUUUGAAAAUAGGAAUAAAGCUUUAAAAAUAAUUGGAAAUGUUAAACUGAUUCUUGAAUCUUCGCUAUUUAAUUUCUUUUCGAAUCCUUGAUUAAUUGAAGUGCAGUUUUGGAAACUAAACGUUAUCCAUGGCAUGUAGUGGAACAAAUUACAAAUGUCACUGUUGACCAGCCCAACAUUGUAAAUAAGCGUGCUCAUGAAUUACAAGCUAGAAAAAAAAAUAAAGAUUGUACAUUUAAUGUGUGGGAUUAAUUUCAAUUUCAUUUUAAAUUUUGGGCAAACCUUGUUUUCUUAAUCAAAGUGUUCAAGACUUUCAACACAAUCAAUCUUUGGCUCUGGCACAAGACUUUUCCCUAGAUCACAUUCCCCAUGU